GAACUAGGGUGAGCAAGCAUUGUGGCUUUGUCUAUUUCCUGUUUCAGCAAGGCUGCUGCGGAAAAAAAAGACGGUACCAAGAAGGGAAAUGCUAGGGGGGCCCAGAGCCAUGAAUUGAGAGCUUGAACUUUACUCAGCUGCCGUCUUGCCCCAUCUGAGACCAGAGCCAAGAUCUGCCCAGGAGCUGGAAUGCUUUCCUAAGCUGCUUGGGUUGGAGCCUGGGACCCGAGACCCAGGCAGCUAUUCCAGGAACUGGACGCCAAGCACAACAGGUGUUCAAGAGGUCAUCAUGAUCAGCCCAGACCCCAGGCCUUCCCCGGGCUUGGCCCGCCGGGCUGAGAGCUACGAGGCCAAGUGUGAGCGCCGGCAGGAGACCCGUGAAGGCCGCCGCCGCCGCCCCAACGUGACCACUUGCCGCCAGGUGGAGAAGGCGCUGAGGACCCAGCAAAGAGAACAGCUCCAGAGAGCUCGACAACAACAGUUCUUCAGAAGAAGGAACCUGGAGCUGGAGGAGGAAAGCAAGGCACGGAGCUCCCAGGCCAGGGAGCACGGUCCCUCCAGGAGGACAGGCCAGGCAACUGACCUCAAGGAACCUUUGUCUUGGGCCAAGAGGAUCUCUUCCUCCAGACAGCAGGUGACGGGGACCAGGUCUGAGGUCUUUCCAACACAGCAUCAUCCUCCCUCAGGUGUCCAGAGGGAUCUGGCUGACAACCUCCCCUCUCAGGCUGGGGGCCUUCCACCACAGGACUCUUCUGUCAAGAAGCCAGCCAAAUACCACCGUGGCACUCAGACAAAGGCAGAAGAAACACAGCCAACAAUCAAGAAUGAUGCCAGUCAACAAACCAAUUAUGGAGUUGCAGUUUUAGAUAAGGAGAUCAUCCAGCUUUCCGAGUACCUCAAAGAGGCCCUACAAAGGGAGCUGGUUCUAAAACAGAAAAUGGUGAUUCUUCAAGACCUACUGUCCACCCUGAUUCGGGCUUCUGAUAGCUCUUGGAAGGGCCAGCUUAAUGAAGACAAAUUGAAAGGCAAACUGAGAUCCUUAGAAAACCAGCUGUAUACCUGUACCCAGAAAUACUCCCCUUGGGGAAUGAAAAAGGUGCUACUGGAGAUGGAAGACCAGAAAAACAGCUAUGAGCAGAAGGCCAAGGAGUCACUGCAGAAAGUGCUGGAGGAGAAAAUGAGUGCAGAGCAGCAACUGCAGAGCACGCAGCGGUCUCUGGCUCUGGCGGAGCAGAAGUGUGAAGAGUGGAGGAGCCAAUACGAAGCUCUGAAGGAGGACUGGAAGACACUGGGGACCCAGUACAGAGAGCUGGAGAGCCAACUCCAUGUCCUUCAGUCCAAACUGCAGGGAGCAGACAGUAGAGACUUACAGAUGAACCAGGCUCUGCGACUUUUGGAGAAUGAGCACCAGGAACUGCAGGCCAAGAUUGAAUGCCUGCAGGGGGACAGAGACCUGUGCAGCUCAGACACCCAACACCUACAAGAUCAACUAAAGAGGUCAGAGGAGGAGAAACUCGCCCUGGUGACCAAAGUACAGCAGUUGCAGAGUCUGCUUCAGAAUCAAUCCUUACAGCUUCAAGAACAGGAGAAACUCUUAACAAAGAAAGAUCAGGCUCUGCCUGUGUGGAGUCCAAAACCCUCCAGUAACGAAGCGGAGCCUGAGGGUACAGGGAAGGAGAAAGACUGGGAUUCCAGAGACGAGCUGCAAAAGAAGACUUUGCAGCUCCAGGCCAAGGAAAAGGAGUGCAGAGAACUGCAUUCGGAGUUAGACAACCUCAGUGACGAGUACCUCUCCUGCCUGCGUAAGCUGCAGCACUGUCGAGAAGAACUGAACCAGAGCCAGCAGCAGCCUCGAAGAAGGCAAUGCAGCCAAUGGCUCCCCAUGCUGAUGAUGAUGAUUGCUAUAGCACUGGCAGUGUUCCUGGCCAACAAGGACAGCAUCAUGAUCUAAAUAAUUGUGACAGCUGCCAUGGGUGAAAACGGAAGCAAGAAACUCAAUAAAAAACUCAUAAGGUUUGGGUACUUUAAAGUGUGGAUCUUCCCAACUCGACUGACAUUUCUGACUUUAUUUUUUUUUACCCUACUGCAAAAUAAAUAAACAAACUUCA